AGCAGCAGCAGCAUCAACAACAGUCUUUGUGUGAUCAUCAGCAGUGUGCGAUCGGAACAGUGAAACACGGAUUGUGAAUCCACGGACCUGUCAAGUGGUGAAGAAGACACACACACACACACACACACAACCUGUCCAACCUUGCCAGCCAGUGUUCGUCGUCGUCAUCGACAGCAUCGGCGGCGCCGAGAACGGAGGUGCUCCGUCGCCGGAUGAUUAGCAUGUGAGAUGUGCGACAAUUUGGAAGGAUUAAGAUCUUCUUAUACCUUCUGGAUGGACAAAGAGGGCGUGUUUGGCCUAAAUCGAGAUGGAGCGAUGGUAUUGACAUUGAUGCCAGAGUAGCAGGAGUAUCGACUUGAAGGACGAACGUACUCGAUCGCGAGCAGUGGCAGGCCAAGACCGCUCGUAGGCUGUAACGCCAAAUAAGAAGAAGAAGAGAUAAGGUGCUUCUAGUGGAUACUGCCACUGGCGCACCUUUUAACUACAUUGACGACUGCUCCCUAGUACGGUCUAGCCCUCGACGGCAACCCACGGACAACGAAUGCAUCGACGGGAUCGACCGAUGCGAGUCUGCACGGUUUGAGGAAGAGGUCAACUGACGCUGUCGCCGCUGCCACCGUCACCAAAUGGAAUCAACGGAAACCGAGGAAGGGCCACCACCAUCGACCACCGUGGUCCUGCCGAGCGCAUCACCACCAUCAUCAUCAUCAUCAUCUUCACUGCUGGCGACGAUGAUGACAACUGGUCACCAUGGGAGUAGUAGUGGUGGAUCAGGUGGUUCAGUGUCCACGGGCAGCAAAAAGGCGGUGCCCCAAUCGCACAGCUCGCUCACCGGUACGCCGGUAUCGCUCCGUCCCCGGGGCCACUACCGUUCGUCCUCGCUCGAGAACAACCCGUUCCAUCCGGUCGGCGGUAAGCCAAUGAUCGGGCUCAGUAUCGCUCAGGCAAGCUUCACUGGGACACUGAAAUCGCGCCGCGAACAGAAGCGCAUCUCGGACUUUCUCAGCAAGUCGCAGAUCUCGACAUCGACGACGACAGCGACGAUGGGCCCAUCGAGCGGGGCCAGCUCCUUAACGCUGGCCAGCACCGGCGGUGUCCCGGGUGCGAGUGCCCAAACCGAGAGCAGCCUACGGAAGGCGCACUUUGAAAACAUUCGCGAGAUCUUCGAGAAGAACAACAGCAAAACGGCCGCCGCUCAACAGCAGACGAGAUCGAAACAUCACGCAUCAGGUACGGGAUCGGUAGCCCUGCUGGCCACACCGAGCAUGUCGAGCGGUGAGUUGGUCAGUAGCAGCAACGUAGGAGGAGGCAGUGCUUUGGGGCUUCCGGUCGAUGAAAAACCACCAAAAAUACAGUCCUGCAGUGGUAUCCUAGGAAAGGGCAAACAAGUGAUCCGUCCGAUUGCCUUCAAACCAGUUCCUUACAAAUGUAACACACCAAAUUACGGCACCAGCGCCGGUAGCAUGGGUGGCCGGCUGACCGAGCUGAGCGAUCGAUACGGUUCGACACCAUCACUCGGACCGACCAUGAGCAUGCAGUACAAAUUCGGCAGCACGACCGAUUUGCCGCAUCUGCAUCAGCAGCAGCAGCAGCACCACCACCACCACCAUUCCCUUCAGCAUCAUCAGCAGCAGCAGCAACAGGCGCAGCAGCAAUACCCCAACCACCAUCAGCAAGGUGGUAUGAUGAUUGGCAAUGGCGGUAGCAACGGUUCUACACCGAUCGUAUCGGUUGGUCCAGCAUCAUUGACGAGCGGUAGUGGCGGAUCGAUGAUGAGCAACAGCUACCAUCCCCAUUAUCAUCAUCAUCAUCACCAGUAUGGUACGCUCACACGGAAGGGCUCCUCGAUACCGUUCAAAACGUACGACAGUCUGGAGUCGAUCCUGAAGCUACCGGACAGCAUGGUUGCCUCCUAUCCAAAUCCCAGCCAUGGGCUGUUCCAUCAGCAGGACGUCCUGGAUAUGGCACCGUCACCGUCGGACUCGGGCAUCUCGGAGCUGGAGGCCGCCCUACGCGAUCGUGACUCCGAGCUGGCCUACCUUCGCCAAACGAUGGAGCACAAUGAACAAGUAAUAUUCAAAGUUCAUCAGGAUAAGGAGAAACACUGGGAACAGGAGCUGAACCGGUUGAAAGCGAUUCACGAGAGUCGGCUGCGUGCCGGUGCGCAGAAGGUCCACAAGCUCGAGCAGCUGCUGAUGAUGCAAACGUUCCAGCUGCGGCAGGACAAGAAGCGGCUGCAGGAGGAUAACGCACGACUGCAGACGGAUAGCGCGAUGGUGAAGGAUCAGUGCGAGCACGCCCGGAGCGAACUGACCCAGACGAAGGCAAGCGCGAAUGAGCUAAAGGAGCAGAAUGGUGAUCUGCUGGACGAGAUUCAGAUGUUACGGCGGGUGAUUAGCGAUCUGAAGGAGCGGCUUGAGGAGAGCGAGUGGAACCUGUGCCAGAAGAACGGCGAAAUAGCGCUCAUGAAGACGCAGCUCAAGGAGGCACAGGCCGAAAUGGCAGCCAAGGAUCAGGAUAUUGUGCAGCUAAAGGCGGACUUGAAGCUGCAAAACUAUGACGACAUUAGUCUGAAGAAGUGUGAGAUCAAACAGGAGCUCGAUAUCGAUCUGGAGAUUUCGCAGCUCAAUCGCAUCAUCAUCUUCAAGGAUCAGAUUAUCGUGUUGAUGAACAACGAAAUCCAGAAGUUACGCAAGGAACUGUCUGAUAUUUCGAUCCUGCGAGGCUACGAGGGUGCCCCGACCGGUCGGUACGCUCGGUACAAGAAGAAGCUUGAGCUUGUGGCACAAAAGUUCGAAGAAGCGUCCGCCGGCAAUGGUGCUAGCAACGAUAGUAACAACAACAACAGUACCAGUACGAACAGCAAUAAUCCCAAACCAACGGAACCGAACGCAACCGGCGAGCCGGUCACCAACGAAGAUGAUGAGCGGCUGAUCCGUCAUUACUUCAACAGCAACCUCGAGAUGAACAAGCAGCUCUUCCUCAGCUCACCGAUCUGCAACUACUCGGACGAGGACAAAUCGCACAUUAUCGAUGCGUACGGUGUUGGUAAGCAGGUUGAGAUGAGCGACAUAACGCUCAAUCUCAGUAGCCUGCUACCAUCACCCGGUAACGGUGAAGUGACGGUGGCAACAGUGCCACCCGCGGGAAUCGGACAGACGAAAAAUACAACCGUGGCGUCCGUGACGGCCACAACGGUUCCCCAAGACACGUAUCACCAUCAGAGUUCCUCGUCGGAUGAUGAUUACAAAUCCAUGACACCAACGCAGGAUGAGGAGGACCCGUUGAGUGAGUCACGCACCGAGCCUACUACGAACGGGAAGAUGAUUGGAGUUGUUACCGGCUCAGCGGCGGACCUACUGCCGAAGGAGAAGGCUGUUCGAUCGAUUCCGGAGACGAUCGAGGCAGUGGAGCGGCUGAACCGAGAGCUCCAGUCCUGCCGGGCAAGCUUCGAACAGGAGCGAAUGAAGUGGGCCGAUGAGAAGGAGAAGGUGCUGGUCUAUCAGCGCCAGCUGCAGAAAAACUACGUUGAAAUGUGCAAACGGACGCAGCAGUUGGAACAGAAGCUGAAGAAUCUGCAGACCGGAGAGGAGCUGCCGAGCAGUGAAGCUCGUAGAUAAGGACGCCACCUCCGCUUCCUGCAUGUUGAGUAGUUGAAUUUACUUAGUAAUAGUGAUCGUGUGUUGUGUGUUCUCUAUUUACUCCGUGCGUACAUUCACCGGUACGACCCCACCCCAUUCUUGCCACCAUGGGC